CUUCUGGCCCCGGGGCCUGGACUGGCCCGCCGCCCCCACCUGCAGCGCGGCGGAGCGCGGGCGCGUCACUCCCAGCGGAAGCGCCAGCCCCGCGUCUGGCGAGGUGCGCGCCUCGCCGCUCCCGCUCCAGCGCUUCGUGGCCCGCCUGUGUCUGCAGGGCAGGGGCGGGGGCCCGGUGACACGGCCAGGGGACUGAGAUCGCAGUCGCCGCCGAAUCGUCGACAGUCACCCAGCUCGGACGGAGCGUCCGAGCAGGAGCCGAUCAGGAAGGUGAAGGACCACUGCCGAUCCGACAGCGCGUCCCAGCACCUUGGACUUGCUCUCUCCUGAACUGGGGAAAAUCUGAGGAAACCAGGCACGGACCUUGGAGACACGCCGCCUGCACACUCAACAGUCUGGAAAUCCAGCCACCUUGGUACCUCGCUGCUUCCCAGACACUUUGGAGGAGCAGGAGCUGACAGCUGGCUGACAGAAACCUCAUCCAAAGAGAGAAAAGACUAAACCCAAGUAUGAAAUUAGGGAUGAUGUUUUCAGAGUAGACCUGCAAGUUGGUAUCCACACUGCCAUCCUAAUCCCUGCAUCCCACAUCUCAGGUAUUGAUUUCUGACUUUUGAAGAUGGAUGAAGGCUCAGAAGUUUCAACGGACGGAAAUUCCUUGAUCAAAGCUGUGCAUCAGAGCAGGCUUCGCCUCACUAGACUUUUGCUAGAAGGUGGCGCCUACAUCAACGAAAGCAACGACCGUGGGGAAACCCCUUUAAUGAUUGCUUGUAAGACCAAACAUGUCGAUCAACAGAGCGUCGGUAGAGCCAAGAUGGUUAAAUACCUCUUAGAGAACAGCGCUGACCCCAACAUCCAGGACAAAUCUGGGAAAAGUGCCCUGAUGCACGCAUGCUUGGAAAGAGCCGGCCCAGAGGUGGUUUCCUUGCUCCUCAAGAGUGGGGCCGAUCUCAGCUUACAGGACCAUUCUGGCUACUCAGCUCUGGUUUAUGCUAUAAAUGCGGAAGACAGAGAUACCCUGAAAGUCCUCCUUAGUGCUUGCCAGGCAAAGGGCAAAGAGGUGAUCAUCAUAACCACAGCGAAGUCGCCCUCUGGGAGGCACACCACCCAGCAGUACCUAAACAUGCCUCCCGCAGACAUGGACGGGAGCCAUCCGCCGGCCACGCCUUCGGAAAUUGACAUCAAAACAGCCUCGUUGCCACUUUCAUAUUCUUCUGAGACGGACCUGACACUUUUUGGCUUCAAGGAUAAGGAGUUGUGUGGGGGCAGUGAUAAUAACUGGGACCCAGACUCUCCUCGGAGGAAGCCUGUGAUAGCCACUAAUGGGCCCAAGCUAUCCCAGGCUCCAGCCUGGAUCAAGAGUACCCCAUCAUUAAAGCACCAGGCCAGAGUAGCCUCCUUGCAAGAGGAGCUCCAAGAUAUCACUCCAGAGGAAGAAAUAGCCUACAAAACCAACGCGCUGGCACUCUCUAAGCGGUUCAUCACUAGGCACCAGAGCAUCGAUGUAAAAGACACUGCACACUUGCUCAGGGCCUUUGACCAGGUCAACUCAAGGAAAAUGUCAUAUGAUGAAAUAAAUUACCAUUCCUUGUUUCCAGAAGGAAACCAGACAAGCGUGGAGAUUCCCACUGACCAGGACCCAGACUCUAAUCAGAUUUUUGCCUCCACGCUGAAAAGUAUAGUUCAAAAGCGAAACUCUGGGGCCAAUCACUACAGCUCUGAUUCGCAGCUCGCUGAGGGUGUCACUCCUCCAACCGUAGAAGAUGGCAAAGCUGCAAAGAAAAAGAUCUUCGCGCCAUCUCCUUCCUUGCUUUCAGGGUCCAAAGAAUUAGUGGAGCCUGCUCCUCCAGGGCCCCUGAGCAGGAGGAAUCACGCGGUGUUGGAAAGGCGUGGUUCCGGGGCUUUCCCCUUAGACCACAGUCUGGCGCAGAGCAGACCCGGCUUUCUGCCACCCUUGAAUGUGAAUCCUCACCCUCCCAUUACAGACAUUGGUGUCAACAACAAGAUCUGCGGCCUGCUUUCUUGUGGCCAAAAAGCACUUAUGCCGACGGCCCCUAUUUUCCCGAAAGAAUUUAAAACCAAAAAGAUGCUGUUAAGGAGGCAGUCCCUGCAGACGGAACAAAUUAAGCAAUUAGUAAAUUUUUAAGAGACCAUUAGGAAACACAUUAUGUUCAAAUGUCUGUAUCAGAAAUACAUAGACUUAGAGAAGAAAUCUUAACUAUAUCCUUUUAAGUCUUAGCUAGUGCAUCGCAGCUAGGCAAAUCAAAAUAUAGUGUAUUUUGUAUUAGGUACCGCGAGCACAGCUUAAUACGUAGCUUCUGAGGGAAUUCUAACAAAACGAAAGCUGCUUUUUCUUCCUCAAAAUGUCCAAUAUUUAUCAACUUUCAUGUGGUCCACGUUUUUUCAUCUAACCAAAACAUCACCAAGAAAGAAAGUUUCCUGUGUUAGAAACACUUUUAACAUUUCAGAUUGGCUUCAUGUUCUAUUAUGAAACAAUGCUCCCAAGUCAGUAAUUCUGUGGGCACUUUAUGUCAACAAGGUUGUAGUUUUUCAUGUUGCCAAAUCAUCAAACAAAGCACUGACAUCAGUAAAGUGAAAACUACAAAGGAAGAAUAAAUGGAUCCCUUUUAAAAUGUUGACUCAGGCAGGUAAAAGUCUAAUUAAAACUUUGAAAGCAUGAAAACUAGAUAGACAGAGCAAGCAGUGUUCACAGUGGCUGCUGACUCUGCAUCAGAAAGGCAGCUGGGGGUGGGGUGGGGGCGGAGGAGAUGGCUCAUUGGCCCUGCAAGUCGAAUGGCCCGUUUGGAUUCCCAGAAUACACGUGACAGAGUAGUGCAGGCAUCUGUAAUCCCAGCAUUCCCUGUGGGGAGAUGGGUGGAGCCAGGAGAAUCCUUAGAAACGCAUGGCUCAGAUAGUCUGUCUAUACUGAAGUAAAGAAACCCUGUCUCAAACAAGGGAACAAGGAUGACUGAUACCAAAGGCUGUCCUCUGACAGGCUGACUCCCCGUGCGAGGCAGCAAAGUACGUACCAAAUCCCGUUGUUUUGAAGCCAUACAUUGCUUUCAAGCAAACUUACCAAUCAUGUUAUCUUAUGGAAUUAUUCCUCCUGUUAUUUUUGAGUAUUUUCUCCAUAGGUUUCCAAUAUCAAGAUAAUAUAAAAAGUAAAAAGGAUUCACCCUGAUAUACAUUCUUCCCAAAAGAAACACCCAAAACAGACAGGGGUGGGGGUGGGGAGCAAGAAGUUUGGGAAUGACAACAAGAGGGAAUUAAACGCUUGCUUCAUGUUAACAAAGAAACACUGAUUAAUAGAUUAGUUUAGUUUAGGUAAAAUUACAAAAUCCAAGUACAAACCUAAUCAUAAGGUGUGCUACAGGGUCACUCCUAAGCAAGAUCUUUAUUUCUGACAUGUAGUUACUAGACAGUCAUAUAAAGAUAUAUAAAGAUAACGUCCUUGGUGUGACAUUUGGAUCAUCUAGUAUUUUAGGGUCUAUGAAUAACUUGUAACAAAAUACACAUUACUAUAAGAUAUUUAAAGAAUGACAAUAUUACCUACAUGACUUCAAAGUAUAGUGUUCCCAGAGUUCUUCACUCUGGCAGUCCUGAAGCAAAGAGCAACUGAAGCACUAGAAAACCAAGGGUGUGAGUCCAGUGACAUCAUCUCCAGCUUCAUUUCUUUGCCCAACAAGUGGCACGAGGCCUUUCUUGGUAAUUUGAUAUAAGCAUUUUGAAAUGUACAUAGAAAGUAUUUAAUUAUUUGUGGCUUUUAUUUAAAAAACUAAAUUGCAGGUUUUUCCAUUUAAUGUUUUGAAGAGACUCUUAAUUACAUUAGAAAUAUUUUUUAUUCAGAAAUUAAAAUUGUACUGAUGUUUCUAAAUAGCUGAAUUCCUUUCGCAAGUUUUAAUAUCACAAAAAGUACUUGACCUCACAUGGUAAGGUGACAGUUGGAAGAAUAUGUAAAUAGAGUAAUUCGUUAUCAAGGUGGUAUCAAUAAAGAUUUAAAAUAUCA